AUGAAUUUACUUUAUUCAAUUCGCAACGAAUUGAAAUCUCCAUCGAAAGGACCGUUGGAAGAUUGGCUGAGAUUUCAUGGCCGAGGAACACUUGAACAGUUCAAGAAACUCGAAUCAUCGAGUGGCUUCGAUCGGAAAUUGGUCUUCGCUGGUGCGCAACACUCAGAAGAUGAUUUUGAAGCGUAUAUUGACCCGAGAAACGAAUUUAAGCCAUCGGACAAAUUUUCUCAAAUCAAUACGUUAGAGCAAUUAAAGAAUUUUCUAACGUACCCCUUUCUGAAAGAACGAUUAAACCGAAAUGAACUUGAAGUACAUGCACUUUGGACGGACAUUUACAAAGGCGAAGUCUACAUGUUUUCGUUUCAAGAAAAGACUUUCGUUAAAAUUGAUGAAUCCACCUAUAAAACUCUCGCAUUGCAAUGCGUCUAA